AUGACUGACAACAAUCCAUUGGUUAAUCCAGUACUCUCCUCGAGAUCAGAUAAGUCUCUAUCUAAAAAACAGGAAAGAAAAUCAAAAUAUGCAGAUUUAGCUAUACAAGGUACCAAUAAUUCAUCCAUAGCAUCAAAAAGAUCUGUCGAAUUGUUAUAUUUACCCAAGUUAAACAAGGACGAUAAAACAACCAAGAGUGAAUAUUUCAAAUGGUUUGUUCCUAAAAAUAUCAAAAGAUCCCCAUGCAUUAAUAGAGGGUAUUGGCUAAGAUUACAUGCAAUUAGAUCAAGAUUGAAAUCUAUCUUAGAAUCAAAUAAUGGGAAAAAAUUACUGGUCAUAAACUUGGGUUGUGGCUUUGAUCCAUUACCGUUUGAGCUUUUAGAUAGAUCCAACAAAUCUGCUGAAUGUUUCCAAGAUACAAUUUCCUUCAUUGAUGUAGAUUAUUCCGAUUUACUUGUAAAUAAAAUUAAAAUCAUCGAAAAUUCUCAAGAAUUAUCUCAAAUCAUCACGAGAGAGCAAUCUUCUCACAUCUCGGAGGAUACCCUCAUUACAAAAAAUUAUAGAACAGCUCCAUGUGAUUUGAAUGACUCUCAAGCAUUCGAAAUAUUAUCUCAAGACGAGUCGUUGAAUUUAAAUGAUACAAAUGUAAUUAAAAUAUUCAUUGCUGAAGUCUCAUUAGCUUAUAUGAAACCAUCAAAUGCUGAUGGAAUUAUUUCCAUUUGUAGCAAAAUCCCAAACUCUCAUUUCGUAAUCUUGGAACAAUUAAUACCAGAAGGUCCAUAUGAACCAUUCGCAAAGCAAAUGUUGAAACAUUUUAGAAAUAAUGAUUCACCAUUACAAUCAGUAUUAACGUAUCCAACAAUAAAUUCACAACUCGAAAGAUUCAAGAAAUUAGGCUUCCCUAUUAUAAAUGCAGGUGAUAUGUUAAACUUAUGGAAACAAUUACCCUUAGAAACACGGUCCAAAAUCGAGACAAUUCAGCCAUUUGAUGAAUUGGAAGAAUUUCAUCUUUUCGCUCAUCAUUAUAUCUUACUUCAUGCUACGAACGAUACUUUAUUCCGAUUCACUGAUGAUUACAAAUUCCCAUCUCAAGUUCAUGCACCGCUACUUUCAGAACGAUCAUUAAAAAUUAAAUUGACACACGAAGAAUUAAACAUCAAGAGAUCAUUCGGCUCAUCGUACGUAUCGAAAGGGACAAAAAAUCAAAUAACGUAUCAUGGAGGUUGUAAUCCAACAAGAUUGAACGAAACAUUGAUAAUAACACCAUUACAUACUGAGGGUAGCCCGAGUGAGGAAGGAUACCAAAUUCAAACUAUAAAGAAUGAUGACCCCAAUUUUAAGAAAAGAAUGAAUCAUACUUUUGUUAACGGGAUCAUUAUCGGUGGAAGGGAAGCACCUCAUCGCCCGAUUUAUGAAACAAUUAAAUUCAAUGGUAAUAGCGAAUACUCAUAUGGGAUGGAACUACCACAUGGAAUUGAAAGACAUAGACAUUGUGCUGUAAAUGUUUCUGAGAAUGAAAUCCUAGUUUUUGGCGGGAAGGUACAUUCCACACCUGAUGCCUAUAGGAAAGACGCAUUUUUAUCUUAUGAUAUUAGCAAAGAUGAGUAUACUGAAGUACCAUAUUAUACAGCUAUACAUACUACUCCACCAUGUUUAAUUGGAAGUUCUAUGUCAUAUGAUAAAGAAAGAAACAUCGGUGUUAUACUUGGUGGUCAAUUAUUCAAGGAUGAUUCUUUCUCUGAUAAAUUAUACAAGUUUUCUUAUUGCUCUAGAAAAAAGGAAAUUACCAUAUUAGAUGUAUUUUCCAAUCCUUUAUUCCAAAGAUAUGGCUCAAAAUGUGUUUUCAUUAAUGAUCAUCAAAUUAUGAUUGUUGGUGGUACUAGUCCUGAAAUUGUAUUCAAUGACAGGACUACAAUAAUAACCGUGGACAUAUUGACUGCUAAGAUUAACUCUAUACCAAUCCCUAGGAACAUAUGGGAAGAAAGUCAAGUCUUUUUGGUUGGAUUUGAAUUACUAAAAAUUAGUGAAACUAAAGUACUAAUUUUUGCCGGAGGUGCAACAUGUUAUGGGUUUGGAUCUGUAUCGAAUGUUGGUAUCGAAAUCACGUUGCCUUCAACGUAA